GUGGUGGCAGGCACCUGUAGUCCCAGCUACUCAGGAGGCUGAGGUGGGAGAAUUGUUUGAACCUGGGAGGCAGAGGUUGCAGUGAGCUGAAACCUCUGCAUGGUCUGGGUGCCAGAUCUGGGCGCCACUCUGGGCGACAGAGCAAGACUCCAUCUCAAAAACGAACAAACAAAACUGGGAGUGCCUGGACACUUAGUGAGAACUGGACAGGGGCCAUGGGUUGAGGAGCAAAAUAAUCACCAGGAUGUGCGGAUAACAGGAUCAUGUGGGUGGCGGGACAGCAUGGGUGGCAGGGACGUGGGGACAUGUCGCCACCCUGACAGGAGCAGCCCAACCCAACAGCCACGGCAGGUCAUGCCACAGAAGCUCGAGGCAUUACAGGGGACGAUGGCCAUGGGGCUGGGCGUCCAGGGUGGGCCACAGAGGGAAGCUCACCACCUGGCGCUUUCAUCUGCACACGGCUCAGCCCGUCUUCGUGCUGGAGGCCCGCAGACCGCUGGAGGACAAGCAUGAAACUCAACAGGGCUCCCCCAGGCGCUGGAAUUAUGGCACCUUUCAGCUUCUUCUUCAGGAGUUUUUACAAGCAUGCAUACUUUUUAUAAGUGGUGAGCGUAACGAGGUUCACAGAGUCACUCUGCUUUGGAAAACAGUGCAUUCUUGCCUGGGCACAGUGAGACUGAGGACGACGUGUCUAACCCCUGUAUCUAACAGGGGUGUGGGCUCUCUCUCCUCUGGUGACCAUGAGGACCACCAGGUAGGACAAGGUGUGCAGAGAACUAGCAUGGUCCCUGGCACGUAGCCCCUGCCCACAAACUGGGAGAUGAGAAGUUCCAUUGUUGCCCCAGGCGAGUAUGGGGCACAGAGCUCCUCCUUGGGUUGUCUGCCCUCCCGGGAGCCCCAGGGUGCCCAGGCGGGCCUCAGCUGAGUCCAGGCCUCGGGGACAGUCCGUGCAGCCCCUCCCAGGGCUGGGGGCGGGCACUUGUCCCAGCCACAUUUCUGCUGACUGAGCAGCCUUCUUCAUGAGCUCAUGCCCUUCCAGAGAAAUCCCUUAAUGCCUCCAUUCUGCUGGUGGCAUAUAUAGGGAGGGCUCAGCCCUAGCUCCACACUGCGCUGCCCAGAGGCCCCGCUGACUCCUUCCAGCCUCCAGGUCCCCGUGGUACCAAAGCUGAACAUGGACGUGACCAUCCAGCACCCCUGGUUCAAGCGCACUCUGGGGCCCUUCUACCCCAGUCGGCUUUUCGACCAGUUUUUCGGCGAGGGCCUUUUUGAGUACGACCUGCUGCCCUUCCUGUCGUCCACCAUCAGCCCCUACUACCGCCAGUCCCUCUUCCGCACCGUGCUGGACUCCGGCAUCUCUGAGGUUCGAUCCGACCGGGACAAGUUCGUCAUCUUCCUGGAUGUGAAGCACUUCUCCCCGGAGGACCUCACUGUGAAGGUGCAGGACGACUUUGUGGAGAUCCACGGGAAGCACAACGAGCGCCAGGACGACCACGGCUACAUUUCCCGUGAGUUCCACCGCCGCUACCGCCUGCCGUCCAACGUGGACCAGUCGGCCCUCUCUUGCUCCCUGUCGGCCGACGGCAUGCUGACCUUCUCUGGCCCCAAGAUCCAGACUGGCCUAGACGCCACCCACGAGCGAGCCAUUCCCGUGGCGCGGGAGGAGAAGCCCAGCUCUGCUCCCUCGUCCUAAGCAGGCAUCGCCUGGGCUGACUCCCCUGCAGCCCCAGCCCAUCAUCCGGGGAGCACCCUGAGGGCGGGGUGUCUGUCUUCCUUUGCUUCCCUGUUUUUCCUUUCCACCUUCUCACAUGGAAUGAGGGUUUGAGAGAGCAGCCAGGAGAGCUCAGGGUCUCAGGGUGUCCCAGACCCCGACACCGGCCAGUGGCGGAAGUGACCGCACCUCACACUCCUUUAGAUAGAGCCUGGCUCCCCUGGGGUGCAGGCGCCUCAACUCUGCUGAGGGUCCGGAAGGAGGGGGUGACCUCCGGCCAGGUGCCUCCCGACACACCUGCAGCCUCCCUCCUCCGCGGGCCCUGCCCACACCUCCCGGGGCUUCUGUGCGUCUGGGCUCUCAUGGCCUCUUCUCUCAGACCAUCUUCCUCCAACCCCUCUAUGUAGUGCCGCUCUUGGGGACAAGGAUCGUCCAUGAGAGCGCAGCCCGCGGCAGUCAAUAAAGAGCAGGUGACACAAGCAA